AUGUCCUCACCACCCCUCCGCACUCCUCUCACAGCCCGCCUCGCCGCCGCGGCGGGCGCGGACGACGACGAUCCCCUCUUCUCCUCCGCGCUCGACACAACAUCGACACCGUACCGCCGCGCCACUAACCUCGACCCUCCAUCAAGCCGUGCCUCCCUCCACACGCCGUCCAACAACCCGCUUCGCAGCUCCCUCCGCAGCCCCGCUCACCGCGGCCUCUCCGCCUCGGGUCGCCGCUCCAUCGCCGUAGCCACGACACCGCAUGCCCGCGCCGCCUACCGCACCAUCGACGCCCGACGUGCGGCGGCGCUGACCCCCGGCAAGAACAAGCGGCGCGAGAGCUUCCGGCCGCGGCGGGAGUCACUGCACGACGUCCUCCGCGGGCUGAGCCGGGUUGUGAAGCACAACACGCAGCCCAUCUCCUCAUCCUCGUCGCCCAGCGACUUAGGCUCGAGGGCGCCGAGCGCGAGCCUGCCGAUCCGGACCGUUGGCGGGGACCGGAGGAGUCUUGCCUAUGGGGACGACGACGACGACGAUGACGAGCUUCCCAUCGAUAGGCCGAGGUUGUCGUUGCCAUUGGACGUCGAGGAUGACGACGACGACUUGGUGGCGCCCGAGCUGUCGCAGAUUGACGAGAACGCGACGAUUGAGUUUCCCAGAAGGGCGUACACGGACCAGCCAUCGCGGAUGUCGAUGGGUAGUGUGCGGUUGAGCGAGUACAGGAACUAUGACGACUUGGACGACGACGACGAUGGCGAGGAAGGCUUCUUUCCUGGGUUCGAGGUUGGUGCGUUGGACGAGGAGGGCGGGCGAGACCAGGAGGAGUCGUUUGACAGAAUUGAGGACGAGAACCUUCGGCGGCAGACGCUCGCAUCUGCAAGGGAAAGCGACUUUGGGUUCGAGGUGCCCAUUGACGCAGACAAUCAAACGACGUUCAUGAUGGCGGUGGAGGGACAGAGCUCGCCGGCACGACCACUGCCGGAAAUCACAGACGAGCAGCCGUCCCUGAACAUCGCGCCGGCCUACGACGAGCCGAACCCUCCCAUGGACGAGGACGUGGGCUUUGGCAACUCCUACUACGACCUGCGCAGCUCGACGCCGGUUGAACCGGCCGAGGCGACGGAGUUCGGCGACGAGACCAAAGCCAGCGCGCACUUUGGGCUGCAGAGGCCGCACAAGACGAAGCGCGGCGUCAAGCUGUCAAAGUACAACGUCGAGUACCCGUCCCUGCCGCCGGCGGUGGUCAAGAGGCUGGCCAACACGUUUGCGCAGUCGAGCGGUAUCAGCAAGACCAAGAUCAGCCCGGAGACGCUGGCCGAGAUCCAGCGCGCGUCGGAUUGGUUCUUUGAGCAGCUGGGCGACGACCUGUCGGCGUAUGCCAAGCACGCGAAGCGGAAGACUAUCGACGAGAGCGAUAUGCUUACUCUCAUGCGGAGACAACGCCAAACCAACCAGACGACCACCCCCUUUUCCCUGGCGCACAGAUACCUGCCCCGGGAACUGCUGCAGGAGUUGAGGAUGCCCAAGCCGCCGCCUCCGGCGGAACCGAGGAAGAAACGCCGUCGCGUGACCGACGGCGAAGGAGAGGAGGAAGUGACUUGA